AAUCAAACGAUAUCAAAAACGCGCAACAGUCGGCUGCGGCAGGCGACAUUAAUCGUGACUUAAAUAUUAGAAAAUUUUUAUUUAAGUUCACGAGUCCGUAUUUUCAUUAACUACUUUAGUUUCACAUUGUUGUAAAGACAGUACAGUGCUGUGACAGAAGUAUUAAUUUAUUUUUUUGUUUACCGAAUCGAUUCAGAAAGUCAUAAUGGGUGAGCUUGGUACUAAACUGGGAUUGGACGAGCUGACCGGAGGAGCCGCUACGAUCAGCAGAGCACUACUCGCUGAGUUUAUCGGUAACUUGCUCCUAAAUCUGUUCGGCUGUGGUGCAUGUGUGAAGAUUUCUCUGGAGUCCAACAGUGAAACGGACAUCUUGCUCAUCGCUUUGGCGUUUGGGCUAGCGGUAUUUGCUGCUGUCUCGGCAAUAGGUCAUAUUUCUGGCGGACACCUAAACCCGGCGGUGACAGCCGGCAUGCUGUGCACGGGCCGCAUCAAGCUCAUCCGUGCGGUGCUGUACGUCAUCGUGCAAUGCGCCGGGGCCGCGGCCGGUUCGGGACUGCUCAAGGCGCUGACGCCGGACCGCAUGGCCGGCAGUCUCGGCUGCACCGGUCUCGGCGUUGACGUUACAGAGCUCCAGGGUUUCGGUAUUGAGUUCUUCCUUGGAUUCUUACUUGUCUUCAUCGUUUGUGGGGUGUGCGAUGCCAAUAAGCCGGACAGUAAAGCAACGGCCCCGCUCGCCAUCGGCCUCACCGUGACCCUGGGUCACUUGCUCGCCGUCGACUACACCGGCUCUGCCAUGAACCCAGCCCGCUCCUUUGGCUCGGCCCUCGUCGCUAGCAACUGGAGUCACCAUUGGAUAUACUGGGCUGGACCUAUUGCUGGCGGUAUUGCUGGUGCUUUGCUGUACGUCCACGGAUUUACCGCGCCACCCCAGGAGCCGCCGACCAGAUACAGAUCUGUUGCCGGUGACGAAAAGGAGCUGAAGCGACUUGAUGGUGGUAAACUGGACGACAUGGCCUGAAGUCGUGAGUCGGUGGGGCGGCCGUCGCUGCUGGUCCCGGCAGGGGCGCGUCCGCAACCCGCCCGUCCUCUCUACCAGUACAGAACUAUCCUAUUAAACGAUACACAGUGCCUAUAAUAACCAUGUCGUAAAUCCACAAAAAAGCUUUUAACCAUACUAGUACCGAUCGAAAACUAACCCUACGAGAAUGUGUUAGGAAAAGUUUUUCAAUAUUUUACGAAUUCGAAUUUCGUAGUGAAACAGAAUCAAAAUACGGCCAUAUUUAAAAUGAAAUUGUCAUUUGUCAUUUAUUGUCACCAAGGGUUCCGUAAUUAUGUACAACACUAAAACAGAAUUUUUAUUUAUGUUUUCCUGUAAAGCAUCGCAUUGGCAUGGCAUGUCCUAUACUCAUUAUUCUUGUUAAAAUGUUUAUCGCAGAAUUAGAAAAGAGGUGAUGCUCAAUUUUUUUUUUUUUAUUCUAGUUCCGAAACACUGCGACAGACCGUUUUGAUAUGGGUAAUUUUUUUCCUUCACAUGUACGGAUCCCUAAGGUAUUGACUAUCAUAUUAAUUCCUCGCAAUUUGUCACAGUAAACAGAUUGUAAGGGACAGAAUAAAUAUAUCUAUACCACCAAUACUAUUAGCUUUGUGUAUGUGAACUUAUUUAAGGCUAAAGAAACGGUAAGACAAGUGAACGUCUUGUAUAAAAGCGUCUUCGUUUAUGCCUCACGUGCCCCAGUAAAUCUCAAAAGUACAAUUAGUUAUUUCAAUCAAAAAGCAUUAUCAGCAAUUUGAGAUUAUCAGAUACGUAAUUAAAUUAUAUUUGUAUUUUAAUCGAAGUUAAUAUUUAAGGAAUAAAACAUUUUGAUAGGUCUUACUUACUCAUUUUUAUUAUUAUUAAUUAUUAUUAGUAAUACAUAAUUAAUUAUUUAUGUGGUAGUUGAUAAAUGUUACACGUUGCGUACAAACGAACACUAAGCUUAAUUUAUGACGGCGACACAAGGUCGAUGAACUUUUUGCGGGAAUAGUUUUUAUACGUACAUAUUCGUAUCUAUUUUUUUGUCUUUCUUUGGCGGUCUCCAUAGAUAAUACACUUAAUAUUUAAGAGCGAUCUCAGCCUCCAGGAGUUAUAACUUUUAGAUCAAUUACCUGAAAAAAAAUAUCUAUAAACUGUAUCUGUUAUUAGAACCAGAACGAAUUACCUACAAUGUAAACUAUUGUUAACGUUUCAAUUUGUAAAGUUGAAGUCAAAACACAACCUUGUGCUUCUAAUGCAUAGAUUAAUUUAUUACCCUUAAAAAAAUAAAAUACGUGUGUAAUGAACAUUUUCACAAAGCAAAACUAAAUGUAAUUAUGAUAGGUACUUGAAAUGUGUAUUUUGGAUUUUUUUCACAGAACAUAACUAAAUAUUACAAUUUAUAAAAAUUUAUUAAAACUGGUUUGUACGUAAGUGUACUUAGUUUAAGAAUUUAGCAAGUUGGAUUUAUAAAAUAUAUUUUAAAAUAUUAUAAACGUAAUGAAGAUGUUUUAUUAAGAGUUUGAACAUGUUAUUAACGUAAGUUGAUAAAUAAAGAAA